AUGGGUCCUCCCCCCGUGCAGGGAUGUCACCUCCUGGUGACUCCUGGAGUACAGCACGCACUCCCAGACUGGCUUCUGCUCCCAAGGAGGCUGCUCCACUGCUCCUGGAGUCCUGGGGACUCUCAGGCAGCCCCAUGUCUCUCUGCCACAGCUACAGACAUCAUCACCUCCGCAAACAAAGUCCUGGCCUCCUACUGGGGUGGGGGUGGGGUGCGCCUGCUAUUGAUGUCAUCGGCACCACAAGACUUCCACCACUCAUGGCGGCACUGCACCUGGGGUCCCGUGGUAACCAUGCCUGAUGAUGAUGUCAUUUCCCAGUUUUCCCUAUGA